AUGGAUACACAUCGCAAUUACGAAAACCUUGAUUAUGCCAUUGGAUUUGGCAAUUAUGUAGAAACAGAAGCACUCAAGGGAGCAGUGCCAAAAGGAUAAAAUAGUCCUCAAAAAUGUGCUUACAAUUUGAUAGCUGAAUAAUUUUCAGGAACAGCCUUCACUUUACCCAGAGCAAGCAAUCAAAAGACAUGGCUCUAUAAAAUUAGGCCAAGUGCUGCCCACUCUCCAUUUGUAGAUGCCCCAGAGUUUGGAAAGUAUGUUAAAAACGAUUUUUUGAAUGAUCAUGGACUCACCAUUACUCCUAAUCAAUUAAGAUGGAAACGACUACCCAUCCCUGAAAAACCUACUACUUUUGCUGAAGGUUUGGUCACCGUCUGUGGAGCAGGCGAUCCAUCCAUCAAAUAAGGAAUUGCAAUAUAUUUAUAUGCUGCAAACAAGAGUAUGACCAACUCUAGUAUGUUUAAUAGUGACGGAGACUUCUUAAUUGUGCCUUGGGAAGGAGAGAUGUUGAUUACUUCAGAAAUGGGUAAAAUGACAGUCAAACCAAGAGAAAUUUGUGUUAUUCCUCGUGGAAUCAAGUUUAGUGUAGAAAUGACUCAGCCAAUAAGAGGAUACAUAUGCGAAGUCUUUAAAGGUCACUUCAGAAUCCCAGAUUUGGGACCUAUUGGAGCUAAUGGUUUAGCCAACCCAAGAGAUUUCUUGGUUCCAGUAGCCUUUUAUGAGAAUACCGAAGAAGAAUUCUAAAUUAUCAAUAAAUAUUUGGGAAAAUUCUAUAAAUGUACAAAGAAAGGAUCACCUUAUGACGUUGUUGGAUGGCAUGGAAACUAUUAUCCAUUCAAAUAUAAUUUGGAUCUUUUCAAUGCAAUGGGAACUGUUACAUUCGAUCAUCCUGAUCCAUCCAUAUUCACUGUAAUUACAUGUUAAACUGAUGAACCAGGAGUUGCAGUAUGUGACUUUGCUAUAUUCCCACCAAGAUGGAUGGUUGCAGAACAUACUUUCAGACCACCCUAUUAUCACAGAAAUGUUAUGAGUGAAUACAUGGGAAAUAUUUCUGGUUAAUACGAUGCCAAGGAAGGUGGCUUCUAACCUGGAUAUGGAUCAUUACAUAGUCUUUUGUAAGGACAUGGUCCUGAUCAUGAAUCAUUUACCAAAUGGUCUAAUAUUGAUUUGCAACCAAUAAGAUAUCCUUAUGAAAAUUUGGCAUUUAUGUUUGAAAGUACCUAUAUGUUUAAGACUUGUACAUUUGUAAUGGAUGACUAAGUAAACUUGGAUCAUGACUAUUACCACUGUUGGGAUAAAUUGGCUCAUAACAAAUUGGGAGAUAAGCCUUGA